CUGGUGGCACUGACUGGCAGCACUGGUGGCACUGGUGGCACUGGUGGGCAGCACUGGUGGGUGGGCACAGGUGGGUGGCACUGGUGGGCACAGGUGGGUGGGCACAGGUGGGUGGCACUGCUGGGCACAGGUAGGUGGCACUUCUGGGCACAGGUGGGUGAUCUGCUGGCACAGGUGGGUGAUCUGCUGGGCACAGGUGGGCGGGAGCUAGUGGGCGCACUGCUGGGCACAGGUGGGCGGAACUUGCGGGUGGUACUGCUG